UUGGAGAAUUAUAGUUGGCAACUCUACCAACGACCUAAGUCCGAAAAAUAGGCGUGUUUUGUUUUCAUCAGUUUUAAUUUCGUUUUCCAAAUAAAAACAAUGACUAAGUCUAAAACUGGGUAUUUUGCUCUUGGUUUCUUCACGUUUGCUGCUACAUUUAUAAUAAUUUCAUUUGUUAGCCCAUACUGGUUGAUAACCGAUGGAAAACUCAAGGAACCCAAAUUUAUUAAACUAGGUUUAUGGGAGGUGUGCUUUCAUAAAUUUGAAGACGUACAUCAUUGGUAUGAAACUAUAUUCAAUAGUUGUUGGUGGAUAUUCGAAGAAGAGUAUUACAUUAUACAUGACUUACUUUUACCCGGAUUCUUCAUAGCAACGCAAUUCUUCUUUACAAUAGCGUUAUGCUGUGUACUUGUAUCGCUAUUCUUGGCGUAUAUUUAUAUGAAGAAAGAUAAAGAUGACGAAAAUUAUUUGACUCUUUUAGUCACUUUGGGGACUGUGCUCGUUAUUGGAGGUUUUGCUGGUAUGAUAUCAGUAAUCAUUUUUGGAGCAAGAGGAGAUGGUCGGGACUGGAUGCCUAACUGGGAACACAAUGACCUUGGUUGGGCUUUUGCUCUUGGGGUCAUAGGAGUAAUUGCCCUCUUUCCUGCAGGCAUCUUAUUCUUAGUAGAAGCAAGAGUACAAAAAUAUAAACGGUUACAUGAAAUGCAGAGCCGUGAGCCUUCAGCAUAUACUAUGCAUGAGAGGAAGAUAAGCUAUGCUGGUGGUCACACUGAUAUUUAAGUGAAUUGAUUGGAAUGUUAAGGAGAUAUGACAUUAUUAGAUGUAAGGUUACUUAAAGAUACAUUGUAUACAUUCAAUGUAUCAAGUUUUAUUUGUUUUACCAUUUUUGGUAUGUACUUAGAUUUAAGAAGUAAUAACAUGUUGUAAGCAGCACUAAUCCGUCCAAAUUGAAUUUCAUUAAGAAAUAUAAAUUAAGAAUUAGUUUUGAUUUAUCUGUUCAAAUGUUAGCAAUGUCCAUUGGGAGUGGUGCAAAUCACUUUUGUUAUUGAAAAAUAUUUCUAAUUUGUAUGUUUAUAUAACUACCAGUGAAACAAACUAAUAAUUCACAAUGUUUGGAAAUAUAAAAAAAUUCAAAAGCUGGUUCAAUUCAUGUGCCACAGCUUUUGCUUUCAUUUGGACAGUUUUGUAUCAUUUAUUGUGUUUAGACUUAUGUUUGCAUUUAGAUGCCAAAGUAUUUUUAUACCUAGAAAAAUUAACAUUGUACUUUUGUGAAACAUAUUUUUAUUAUUUUCUAUCAUUCAUUACCAGUUACUAAUUUGUGUAUCCACAAACAUGCUUGCAUACACUAUUUCAUAUUAAAAGAAAUAGGUUUCUGUAUUAAACCUACGUAAGUGAUGACUAUGUAUUCAACAAGUAAAUAUAUCCAAAUCCACAAAUUAUAAAUAAAAAAGCUGGUAUAAAAGCUUGCAAACAAUUUGAGAAUACUAUCAAGCUUUUGGUGUUUUUAUAUAAUUGUUUUUUUGUUUCUUUUGAAUAAGGAGACAAGCCUGCCAUUUGUCUGAUGAUAAGCGAUACAACCGCCCAUAAACAAGAGAAACACCUUCAAUUACAAAAUAUUGUUUGGUAUUUCACUGUGCUUGUUAUCCUGAGAUGACAUGUUAAGACUUAUGUUACAUUGGCUACAAUGUCUUUCAAUCCGGAACACAACAGUGUUACACACUGGUGCUUGGUGGCAGAAAUAGACAUUGUGGUGGUACCUACUCAGACGGACUCUCACAUAUGAGAGACCUUCCACCAGUUCGUUUCGUUACACUUAUGCCACAUGGUAGUAUUCUCUAAUUGUUUACAGGCUAUUAUAGACAAUAUCAACAAACUUUUCUCAGCACUUCUUAACUAUUUGUCAUAAUAUAGUAGAACUUACAAUUUACAUACUACAUUUAACAUAUUUUUAAGAUAAUUUCUUGCAGUAACAGUGCUAUGCCCACUGUAUGCCAAUGAGUGACUGCCUCGGUAGCGUAGUAGUACACGGUACAAGUACGACUACCGCGCUGAGGUCCUGGGUUCGAAUCCCGGGUCGGGCUAAAAUAAUUGUGACUGGGUUUUCCUGGGUGGCAUGAUACCCCCGUGCCUCGGAAAGAAAGCCGUUGGUCCUGAGCCUAAUCUCUCUGCGGUCAUGUCGGAUUGCCGUCUCACCGAACUAUGAGAGUGAAGGAACAGAGAGUGCACCUGUGCUGCGCACACACUUGUGCACUAUAAUAUAUCCUGCGUACCUGGCUGAUCUCCGUUGAGAUUGGCCGCCGUGGUCGAAAUUCGGCUAGAAGGGAUUCAUGCCAAUGAGGAAAUUUUACUACAUAUAUUUUACAUAUUCUAUUUAUGAAUCAUCAGCAUAAGACAGAUAUUUUUAAAAUGUAUGCCAUGCUAUUUUAUACCAUAACCGUCAAUGACCAUAACAUUAUCUUAUUAAGUAAUCUUUUUUAUUGACAUACGAGUCUUUUCUUUAAUUUUCAUUUUAUAAUAUUAUAUUUGGAUUGUUUUGUUUACACCAAGUUAGUUUCUAGGUAUUUUAUAAAAUGUUUUUGUAAUAAUAUUUAUAUAAAAUUAAUCUAGCGUUGAAUGGAAUAUAUAGUCCGUCCGCGAGCUCCGAAGAAUCGCGGAUCAAGGUAUGGGCACGGCGUGCAUUCGCCCAUUCUUGUUAUACCUUGUACACUGCCAGGACGAGUGUUAACCUAAACAUACGAAUAUCGAUAUUGUAUUACGUAUUAUAUUUUUGCCUGUUAUCCUCCGAAAAUAUAUUAAUAAAUAAACCUACAUUCUGAAGUCUGUAUAAAAAUAGUUGUUAUAUAUUAUUUUGCAUCGUCUACAUUUAAAAAAUGUGGUGCACUUUCGCUGCCUGGUCUUACCUACAUACAUCGAUAACGUAAUAUCGACGAAGUUACUAACUCAUUUUGUCAAUACUCCUAGGAUUCCUUGGAGCUCGCAUGCAGAUUCUACAGUUACAUCAUAAUUAAAAAUAAAAAUCGAUUAAUUUACAUGCAAUAAAUGUGUUUUAUGUGUUU